GCCCCGUGCUCUGCCUGCCGGGGCGGCCCCGGCCCCGCCACACUCGCCGCUGCCGACCGAGGGGAGCGGAGCCACAGUUCUGAGCGCCAUUGCCUCCCUCAGCCCGCUAUGGCAGGCUGCGGCUUGCAACUCAGACUGUUGUGCUGAGCGUAGGCUGGAAGAAAGGCAGUGGAGGAAUUGGCUGAGACGGUCUCUAGAAGUUGGUACAGGUUUCUGGAGAAUAAAAGUAUUCUGAAAAUAUCUGAUGAUCAUCUGUGCCAUUAAGUGCAAGUUUAAUUGCUGAGUGGAAGCAAGAAGAGUUUGGAAACCUAUUCUCAUUUUCCUUGGACUGCCCUCCCUGACACAACGUGCCAUUGAUGCUAACGAUACUUAAAAAAGCAACCCUAAUGCCCCAGCUGGAUUACUGAGCACUUUCGUGAUUCCUGGAGGUGUUGCUAUUUAAAUAAGAAAUUGUCCUUCAUAUUUGGCCUGUCAUCCCAGAAGCAUCUGCUUGGGUACUGUAUGCAAGUCCUCGACAUCCUGGAAACGAUGGGGAUCGGUAAGAACACCACUUCAAAAUCAGUGGAGGCAGGAGGCUCAACAGAAGGCAAAUAUGAGGAUGAAUCUAAACAUCCCACCUUUUUCACCCUGCCUGUCGUGAUAAAUGGGGGAGCAACGUCCAGCGGUGAUCAGGAUACAGAAGACACAGAGUUGAUGGCCAUUUAUACUACAGAAAAUGGCAUAGCAGAAAAGAGCUCUUUGGCAGAGACGCUGGACAGCAGCGGCAGCUUAGACGCACAGAGAACUGACAUGAUUUACACUAUUGAAGACGUUCCUCCUUGGUAUCUCUGCAUAUUUUUGGGGUUACAGCAUUACUUAACAUGUUUCAGUGGGACUAUAGCAGUGCCCUUUUUACUAGCUGAUGCCAUGUGUGUUGGAUUUGACCAGUGGGCUACCAGCCAGUUGAUUGGGACCAUUUUCUUCUGCGUGGGCAUCACUACAUUGUUACAAACAACUUUUGGGUGCAGGUUACCCUUGUUCCAAGCGAGUGCUUUUGCAUUCUUAGCACCUGCUAGAGCAAUACUCUCCCUGGAGAAGUGGAAAUGUAAUAAUACAGAUAUAACAGUUACAAAUGGAACAACAGAACUGCUUCACACUGAGCACAUCUGGUAUCCCAGAAUACGAGAGAUCCAAGGUGCUAUUAUCAUGUCCUCCUUGAUAGAAGUGGUGAUUGGUUUGCUUGGCCUUCCCGGCGCCCUGUUGCGAUACAUUGGACCUCUGACCAUCACGCCAACUGUUGCUCUCAUCGGCCUCUCCGGUUUCCAAGCUGCUGGAGAAAGAGCAGGCAAACACUGGGGUAUCGCUAUGUUGACUAUUUUCCUAGUAUUGUUGUUUUCUCAGUAUGCCAGAAAUGUCAAAUUUCCCUUACCCAUCUACAAAUCCAAGAAAGGAUGGACAGCAUACAGGCUGCAGCUUUUCAAGAUGUUCCCUAUUAUUUUAGCUAUUUUGGUGUCAUGGUUGCUUUGCUUCAUCUUCACUGUGACAGACGUCUUUCCCCCUGACAGUUCAAAGUAUGGCUUCUAUGCUCGCACAGACGCCCGACGAGGAGUGCUCUUGGUAGCUCCAUGGUUCAAGGUUCCUUAUCCUUUUCAGUGGGGACUGCCAACAAUUUCAGCCGCUGGAGUAAUAGGAAUGCUUAGUGCAGUUGUUGCUAGCAUUAUUGAAUCAAUAGGAGAUUACUAUGCCUGUGCCAGGUUGUCUUGCGCUCCUCCUCCACCUAUUCAUGCAAUAAACAGAGGAAUUUUUAUUGAGGGUCUCUCCUGUGUUCUGGACGGAGUAUUUGGGACAGGGAAUGGUUCCACUUCUUCUAGCCCUAACAUUGGUGUCUUGGGCAUCACGAAGGUUGGAAGUCGCAGGGUUAUUCAGUAUGGAGCAGCCUUCAUGCUCUUGCUUGGGAUGGUUGGCAAGUUCAGUGCUCUCUUUGCAUCACUGCCCGACCCCGUGCUCGGUGCCCUCUUCUGCACUCUCUUUGGGAUGAUUACAGCUGUGGGUCUGUCUAACCUCCAGUUCAUAGAUUUAAAUUCUUCUCGUAACCUGUUUGUACUUGGAUUUUCCAUUUUCUUUGGACUUGUCCUUCCAAGCUAUCUCAAACAAAAUCCACUGGUCACAGGAAUAGCGGGCAUUGAUCAAGUAUUAAACGUUCUUCUCACUACAGCCAUGUUUGUUGGUGGCUGCGUUGCAUUUAUUUUGGAUAAUACCAUUCCAGGAAGCCCUGAAGAAAGGGGAAUACGGAAAUGGAAGAAAGGGGUUGGUAAAGGAAGCAAGUCACUGGAUGGCAUGGAAACAUAUGAUUUGCCUUUUGGCAUGAACUUUAUUAAAAAAUACAGGUGUUUCAGCUUCCUCCCCAUCAGCCCUACCUUCAUGGGUUACACGUGGAAAGGCUUCAGGAAAAGCGGUAACUGCAGGAGUUCAGAUGAAGACUCAGAAGCUACAGUAUAGCCUUAGCUGAAAUUAUAUUAUCUAGUUGUAGUAAAAAGAUGUAUUUGCAGUUUCUUGCUGAUUAAGAAGCAUUAAAAUAUAUGUUUUGUAUAUCUGCAUUUAAAUUCUGGAACCAGAGCUGAGACGGAUUUAAAAAAAAAAAAAAAAAAAGCUUUCCUGUUGUGGGUGGUGGUAGCCAGAUCUAGUGUCUCUGGGUCACAUUUACACAUACUCCUCUGAUUUUCAAGUUAUAGAUACCUGCGCACCUCAGUCUGUUUAUUUUAAAUGGGGCAUAGAUUCCAGAAGUAUGUAGGUGCUAUUGGAAAAUGUUACUUUUUAUGGUGGGUUUAUUUAAGUCAUUGAUGCUGGCUUUUUUGGCGCAUUCAUUGCUGGCAAUGUUAGUUACGCCAGAAAAUUUGAAUCCUGUGAGGUGGCGGGGGGGAAGAAAGGAAAAAAACUUUACUUCCAGUCAUGUCAAAUCCCAUGUAUAUUGUUUUCUACUCACUGAUUUGCACAUUCCAUAUUUUCAGCCCCCUGGCAACCAGGCUUAGUUGAUACUGGCAAAUCACGAGAGUAUUUUUUGAAUUACCGAUAAUUCAGUCAGACGUCCAGUGUUAAGACAGAAAGUUUCUGUAAUAACUUUGCUGAUGAAAACUAUGACCGACUUCUGAUAGCUUAGUGCUGUAGAAGGAACCGCUCAUUUCAUGUCAGUUCGCAGUUUUAAACGUUUGCUUUUUCUGCCUGGCAUUUAACCACCUAAUAAUAGUGUUCAGGUGCAGGUUUUCUUUAAAGGGACACACGUAGCUUGAGUUUUACAGAGAUGGGAAGCUUUAACUUCCAGAUGGGACCUGAUAACAGUUUUUACAGUGCAAUGCCUGUAUCCAGCAAGACAUUUCCUGAACAAAAAUGCUAAUUUGUUGAGCAGUUCUAAGCAAUUAACAUCUGCAUACGGGCAGCUUUCCCAGCAGGGAAAGCCACGCUGGCUGCCAGCAUUCGCUGGUUUGGAUCUGUGCAAAAUUUUCUUGGUUGGACAUUGAGAGCCGAUGCUGCCUCCGAGUGGCUUACGUUGCAUUGCCUCUUUUUCUUCUCUCCUGGUGAGUUUUCUGCAAAAGCUCGUUACUGCUGCGGAGGUGAUCUUGAACGGCAGAGACACUACGUUUGAUGUCCACAUCCACUGGAUGGUCUAACGGGUAUUGGGUCCAAUCAGGGCACCAUUCAGAUUUUUUUUUUUUUUUUUUCCUGGAAUAGUCUCAGCUCUGAUGUUAUGUGGGUGUUCAUGCUCAUCAUGCAUUCAUAAUUAAAAGUUUUAUUCAUGUUUAAUGUUCUUACUAUUGCAAGUUAGUUUUAGACUUCAGUGUGGCCCCAAAAGCAUUUUUAAGCUGUGGAGAUCAUCAGGGAAAUGUAGUGUAAUGUAAUUUCAAGGCCAGUAUGCUCUACGGUGCUUGCGUUCUGUAUUCCUGGAAAAAACAUAACAGUAGAUCCUGUAAUUCACUAAUAUAUUUAUCAAAGUUUGACUACUGGACAGGAGCGCAGGAACUCUGUUUUCUCUGAGUCUACUUCCAGGUGAAUUUGUUCUUGGUUAUUGAAGCAUGGAAGGGUUGGGGUGGGGAGGGCAAGGAAAGAGCUUAACGGAUCAGUACUGAAUAGUGUAGAAUCGGAAUGAUUCCAUUGAUAUCGUUCUCAGCAUGCCAUGGCUGUUUCCUGAAACUAUUUUAUACCGCUUUUUCCAUAACAAAGCAUGUGUUUGUUCCUGCUUCAGGGAACUUUCAGUAGUUUGCAGUCUUGGUGUCAAUUGGACUUUCUCGAAAGCUGGUCGGAAGAGUUAUUGUGUAGUAGACAAGGUUAGUUUGCCUGUGAAACAAAGUCAUUUUUGUAAUUUUUAAAUUUUUCCUCUUCAGGUAAUGAGGUGUUAGAUUUCCACAUCCACUUGCAGAUAGUUUGAGUGCGGAGACCUCUAGUCAGUGGCACGAAGCUUCUAAAUUUCCCAACUUGAUGUGCAACCAAAGAUAUGUGGGAGACAUGGGGGAGUUAAAAAUAUAUAUAUGUAUAAAAGGAGGGAAAAAAAAAGCCACCUAUAUAUGGUGGUUGUAACAAUGUAAAAUGCCAAAGUUGGUUAUCUUAUAAAUGUUGAGAAAGGGAGGCUUUUUUAUUUAAAAAGGUGCCACCUCAGAAAUACUGAAAUGUCAAGUCCCGUGAUGCCGUUGGGCAUGGAGUGCGGCAGUGACACCCGUGUCCCCAGGCUUUUCUGAGUUCUCCCCCCAAAUAUUCUUUUGAUAACCUCAGUGCUCACGCAGUCAAGUGAUGAGGCGAUGGGAAGUAGCGUUUGUCUUCUCUCACCUUUGGCUGAAGUAAAGCCCUGUGUGUUCUGCAUUGCCUUCACUUGAGAAUUGCCGAGAUGCUUCAGUCAAAUUACAGGGCAACAAAUCCAAGGAUAUUAUUUUUCCUCUCCCUGGAGCAGAACACCAGCCCUUUCUUGCAGCAUAGGAAAGACUCUCUGAGUAGGUGAAGUCCUAUUACUCGGUUUAACUGUUGGAUUUAAUUCUUUUUGUGAUGUUGGGUCCUACCGUGCUGAUUCUGUUGCCUGGCUGAGAGCAGUACAGCAGCAUUUAGCCGGCACAUUUGCUUUUCUAGCCACUUACCUUGGUAACACUAAAAUAAGUAGUUGUAGUUAGCAGUCAUUUUUGUAAUCAAAUUUGGGUAUGUAACAACUCCAUCUUACUAUGAACGUGAAUGGUUAAACAUGAGCCUCAGUUUUGCAAAGCAGAUCUGCUGAAGCACCUGUGGACCUUAAAUCCUUCUCCCACAUCUGAUUUUCUACACUGGCAUUUUAGUGGUUAUUGUGAAAUGCCCUAGCCAGGGGGAGCACGGUGCGCAGCCCGAGCUGCAGAUGCAUUGCGGAGGAUUAACUUGCAGUUUGGAAAAGCAUUUAAAUACUUCGUGUUUGCUGGUUAUGUCCAGGCUUUGAUGCGUUAAGAGUGGCUGGAUAUAGAAAUCUGACCGUAAACGCAAUGUUGUGUUUUUCCUAUAUAUGUUAUUGCCUGCCUUUCAAACAGCUAAACGAAACAAAAACACAUAGGGAAGACACCACCUGAGAGAUGAGUUAAGAGGCAAUGAGAUGUUUCAACCAAACGUUAAGACAGAAGGGUAGAAAUAUCAUUUUGUCAUAUCAAAGAUGGCAUCAGUGUAUGCAAAGCAAAACAACUUGGGACUUUUGUAAUUGAUAUUCUAUUGUAAUUUUUUUUUUUUUUAGGUUAAAUUAAGAAUUCUUGCUAACAUGUUGAAACACAUUUUCUAAAGCAAAUACUUGCAAAUUAUACCUAUAGAAAUUUAGGUUUCAUAGCUAACAGCUAUGACUGAUUAAUGUUGUCAUAUUAGAGUGCGUUGGCAGAGGAACUUAAUCAGGUACCUCGCUCAGAAUGUUCAAACUUUAAACUCAGAUUUUGCUUUAUGCCUUUUAAUACUGACUUUAAAUAUGGCAACUUGGUUUGUACAUGAAUAUUGCAGUAUUUUAUUUCCAUAUAUUAAAAAUAACAUUUCCACUCAGGAUAAAUGAUCGCAGUUUUCCUGGGAGGGAGUGAUAUGAUUGUCAUGACAAUGUCAUGUGAUGGUAGAAUUUCUUCAUUGACGAAUCUAUAGUAGUUGUGUAUACUUUAUUUACCCAUGUUUAUGUUCCUACCAAAAACUAAAGGGUUUCUUUAUUGUUCAUCUCCCUACUGAGAUCUUGGUACUCCCGAUGCAGAAUUGGCGCUUGCAAACUGAAACCCUCGGUACUGUUUAUACCACAGGGAGCAUCAGUGAGUGUGACCGGUUGUUCAUAGCAUUGCGUCCCUAAGAAAAUGGUUGAAAAUCACAUCAUUUGUGGUAUAAACAGCACUCCAGGCGCACGUGGUGUAAAAUAGCCGACUUCCAAUGGUUUGAGCGAACCGUUGGAUGCUGACACGCAAUCUAAAACAUAAUUUGUAUGUCGAUGUAGAAAAUGCAUGUGUGACAGACCAGCACAACCUACAGUGUUUCUUUUAUGUGGCCUUCUUAAACCAAAAGCAACUUUUUUUUUCUUUUUAAGGGGGGGGGGGGAAGUGGUGGGUCACUCUUUUUUCUUUCUUUUUUUUUUUUUUUCCCCAGCAAAUGUCCCACUUGGUGCACGUUUCUUAAUAUUUCUUACGGCUAAAUGGCCUUUUGGGCCGUGGGACGACAGGUACUCUACGCUCUCAUGUUUCUGUAGCUGCCAUAGGUCAUUGCAGUAUUGGAGGAGGCCACAAGUUUGCUGGUGUUUCGCUUCUGCCCAUGAGUCUAGACAGCUUAGCGCUGGGCUGCUUUAAGUAUUGGGCAUCCGUGUUCAGAACCAUCCGAAAUAAUCCUGUCUAGUUCUAAUUUGACUGUGACUGUGCAUCGUCAUCCGUACUUAUUGAUAUGAGAGAUAUAUUUAGAAUUGCCUUGUGUACUAUCUGGCAUUUACUACAUCUUUCCAGGUAAAUCGUCUUGCUGCCAGUCCAAAUUACUGUACUUUUGUCUGUUUAUAUCAACCUUUGGCAUAACAAACUAUUGACUGUUCUUAGGCAGUGGGGAUAAAUUUUUUUUUUCAUGACUUUUUGUGACUGACUUUGGCUGUAAAACUUUUUUGUUAAACAGCAAGAGGUGUUUUUUGGGUUUGGGGUUUUUUUUGGUUUUGUUUGUUUGUUUGUUUUUCCCCCGAGAUGUGUAAUUCUUUUAUGGAGUUGUUUUUUUAAUUUCAUUUUUUUUUUUCUAACAUUGCUUCAUUAAACAAUUAAAUAUUUAAAAAUGUAAUAUUUGGACCAGAUGUUGUGAAUAAUAGUAGAUAAAGCUAUUUUAUUCUGUAUUUUUAAAGCUGUUCAGUAUAAAUAAACGCGGGCAUAGAUGCAACUUGA